AUGGGACCUCCACCUGAUUGUCUUCCUCCAUGGUAUAACCCUAAUGCACACUGUCCUUUUCAUGAAGGUGCCCCCGGGCAUGACCUAGAGGGUUGCUAUGCUUUGAAGCAUAGGGUUCGUAAGCUGAUUGACAGCAAGAUCUUGUCUUUUAAAGAUAUGGGACUGAAUGUGAAGAACAAUCAUCUUCCUCCCCAUGGAGAUCCCGUAGUGAACGCCAUUGAAGAUGCCUCUGCUGGUGUUAUGGUUGAGAAGGUGGAGGAUGUCAAGACUCCUUUGGCAGCGUUCCAUGCCCGGUUGGUGGAAGCUGGCAUGAUUAAUAUAUUCAGCGUUACGAAGAAUGAAGAUGUGUUGGUAAUUGAACCUUGCUUCAAUUUACCCGAACCAGUUGAAAUCCCAUAUUACAGUGGUGGAGUGGUUAAGGAAAAUAGUCUGUCGUCGCCUAUUGAGAUAUGUAUGCCCGUGCCUUUUCCAUAUGAGAGCACCAAGGCUGUGGACAAGGUUGUUGAAGGACUUGCAGACGUUGAAGUGAUAGAAGUUGUGAGUGAGGACGUCACCAAUAUUGUCGGGAUGAGCAGAAUCACCCGUAGUGGUGGAAUCUAUACACCUGAAUUCAACAUGACUCCUCAAGGGCCGGCCAAGGAAUCUACAGUUGCAACUCCUGCUAAAGAACCCGAAGUGGUCCCAUCUGAGGAUGAUGUUGAAUUCUUGAAGUUGAUCAAGAGAAGUGACUACAAAGUGGUGGAUCAGCUGCAUCAAACACCAUCUAAGAUCUCUAUUUUGUCUCAGUUAUUGAACUCCCAAGCCCACAAGGAGGCUUUGUUGAAGGUGCUUGCCCAAGCUCAUGUAACGCAAAGCAUAACAGUAGACCAGUUUGAUGGGGUGGUUGCGAACAUCACAGCCUGCAAUACUUUGAGUUUCAGUGGAGAGGAAUUACUUGAGGAUGGACAAAAUCACAAUCGUUCUCUCCAUAUCUUAGUAAAAUGCAAAGAUGAUGCUUUUGCAAGAGUCUUGGUUGAUACAGGAUCUUCUCUGAAUGUUAUGCCAAAGAGAACACUCGCUAAGUUAUCUUAUCAAGGACUAGCUAUGAAACCUAGUGCCUUGGUAGUGAAAGCUUUUGACGGUUCCAAGAGAAACGUGAUUGGAGAGGGGCAAUCACCUCCACUUUACAUCAAAAAAUGA